AUGGCAUCCUGGCGCUUCGACUCCUCGCUGCUCGACUCGGUCUGCCGGGGUCUGGGCAUUAUCACAAAUGAAGAAGAAAUGGCUCCUUAUCCAACAACACACGAGACGCCAGGACCGGACACAACUGACCCUCCUCCUCCCUAUGAAGACCAUGUUGAGUCGUCCAGAAAAAUAUGGCAAAUAAGAUUCGAGUUUAUGUCAGACCGUCAGGAAUUCAAGAAAAGAGGAUCGCUUCGCCCGCUGCUAGAUUGGUCUGCAGACCUGGAACUGGAAACCUGGGAUAUCGCCGGUGUCAUGAGGGAUGGCCUUUUCCUGACACAGGACAAUGUCCAGGAAGAAGAGGGACACGCCAGGCACCUCUACUGGCCCGAAAAGAAAAGGUGGAGCUACACUCGUUGCUACACUAUUGUCGAUUCGCGAUGGUCAGGCUACCUCCAAGUUUACUCGUGGGACAUCCGCCCCGUCGCCAACUUUCGACUUCAGCACCUCACAGCAGACAAGGUUUGCCUAGCCAGAGUCGAGGAUGAAGAAGAAUAUACCGUGUACUGCUAUAACGUAGAUGAGCCAGAGCGUAGCGCUAACUUCAUCUACGACGAUAUGCCUAUGGGGGGACUAUGGCCAUGGCCAAAGGAGGGAUGA